AUGUGCGCUUUCGUGGCCUAUCUGGAGGGAGAACCUGUUGAAAGAAAAACCUUUCGCAUCUCUGAUCACGUUUCCGUGUUUAAGACUGAAUUAUGGGCCAUUCUCCAGUCGAUUCGUUGGAUUAAAGAACAAAGAAUUACAGAUAAUAUCUCAAUUUAUACGGAUUCCCUGUCUGUCCUGCAAGCUUUGGAAAACAGCAACUCUAAAGAGUAUUUAGUCCACUUAAUUAAACAAGAAUUCACAAACAAUAUCGUUUUACAUUGGAUAAAAGCACAUGCAGGCCAUAUGGGCAACGAAGAAGCUGAUAAAUUAGCCAAAUUAGCCUGUGAGAGAUCAACGGUCGACCUGUUUGAAGAUCCUAGCAGGCGGACUGCAAGAAAAACUUUGGAACGCGAAAAAUUGAUUGAAUGGCAGGAGAGAUGGAGUGACAGCUUUACUAUGGGAAGGCACACAUUCGAGCACCUCCCGAAAGUUCAAACGAGGAAAAUCAUUGGGAAUUUCUUUUUAAAUCAAUUCCUAACUAAUCACGGCUGUCAUGGGCAACAUCAGGCUAGGUAUUUUGGGGGAGCACAACUGUGCAGUACCUGUCAUCUUGUUGAGGAUUGGGAACACACAUUAAUCCAUUGUACAAAUUUUAAGCACAUUAGAGAGAAAAUUUUUCAUUCAAAAACCACCUAUGAGUUUAUAAAGCAGAUUGGUCAAACCCUAAAAUAA